AUGCCUCAACCACGGCACACGCAGACAAAGCCCCAGAGGGACCCGCCACCAUCUCUGUUCCUGCAUCCCUCCCCGGCCGCUUCUCAUGUCUCCUUACCCAGUACUGUCGCUGGCCCUGGGCCUGUCAUCACUGGCCUGCCGUCUACCUCGCAAGCCCAUCCGCGGAGCUCGUCCACGCUCUCCCAUGACCCUCUAGCUGCAGCUCUCUCUACUUUGUCAAAGCCAAUGGAGACUCGCACCAACAGGAAUGCGGGUCCGGCUGCUUCCAACACCCGCCGGCCGGCCGGAGGCUCCGGUUCAGGCGCACUCGGGGCCGGCGGGCUGAACUUGCCACCCAUACAAACCACUCGAAGGGAGUCUACCCGGGCGACCGAUAGGACAGAUGCGCUGUGGGCAGAGAUGCAAGCCACUCUGGAGGAAGUGGAGCUCUCCGCCAGCGGUGGGACACGAGUAUUUGGGCCAGAACACGACCGAAAGCUUGCAGAACUGCGCGCUGCACAGAUCGCUCUCGCUCAGGCCUGGGCGCGGAGUGAGGCAGACGAGGCAAUAGAGACAUCCAUCGCACCUGGGACAGCAUCAGAGAAAGGCGCAGGGGCGGAGUCCAAGACGGAGGGGACCACAGUCGGCGGUGCAGGCGCCGGCACAGACGGUGGUGCACGCAGUGCUGGAACGGCCAGUGUGAGACCAGGGAGCGCGGGCAUUGGUGCCGAGCGGCUCGGACAGAAGCUCGAGGAGGAGACAGAGAUCGACAUCAAGUUUGCACGGAAACGACGUGAGGCCAAUGAUCGCUACUUCCAACGAGUCAACCAGGGAGUGCUGGACGUCGUUGCAAAGCUUGAAGAUGUUGCCACAGCAAUGCGCAAGGUCGAGCAAGAGAGCAAGGACGUCUGGGGGGAGACGGAGAGCGUGCCUUCGAGCGCAGUGCCUUGA